CGUAUAUAUAAUUUGAUGACAUUGGGUGUAUCUCACCAUAUCGUUAUUAUUGUCAUACUUUCUCUCCUUCUCAUAUUCUUUCUUGCACAAUAUACCACCAUAUGGCCCGCCCCUUUAAACCACCCCCGCUGGCCAGGGAUACUACUGGCUUUCGAUGCAACUCACUCAGCGCGUAUGCAUGGAAGCAAUGGACUAUGUUUGAGGCCACCUUUGCUAUAUGUGGUCUGGAACCUUGGGAGAAACUUGUUUUCGUAAUUGUCAUGUCUCUACUCACUUUCCUAUUCUUUACUGGCCUGUCUCGGGUAAUACCCAGUCAGUUGAUCUCACUACUACCUCGCAUUGCAUACUAUCUCUGGGGCGACGAGCGUGUACUAAACCACUGGAUGGAUCAUGCGGCAGCCAGUGUGAAGGAGCUAUAGCCUGAGGUUUUUAAUUGGCAGAUGGAUGUGGGUGUACUUUACGUUGUCUGGAUUGAGGCACAAGGGGAGCAUCACGUUUACCUGUCAAGGAGAUUGAAGCUACUGUUUAACUGUAUUAUGUCUCUCGUACUUUAUUCUUCCAUCAUUGUCUUAUGGAUUCUCCGUCCGCGUAACUUUAUAUCUCAACUCGCUGAAAUACCUGCCAGUACAAUCCAAAUCCGACCAACGGUGAUAAAUCUGAC